UCACCUCAGCCCCCUCACCUCAGCCCCCUCACCUCAGCCACCUCCCCUCCCCGUCUCGAGCAUGCCGCCCGUGAAGCUGCGUCACGUGGUGUCGUGCAGCAGUGAGGAUCCGUUGCACCGUGUGGACAAUCUUCUCAGCGGCGAUGCUCACCGCAAGUGGCGCUGCCUCCCCGGGGAGAAGGAGGCCUCUUUCAUCCUCCAGUUUGAGAAGGCUGAGAAAAUUCUCAGCGUCGAUGUUGGGAAUGAGGGAUCGGCCUUCGUGGAAAUCCUCGUGGGCAACUCCUCCUCCAAUGACUCGGACUUCCAGGCGCUGCUGUCCGCCUCGUGCUUCAUGUCUCCCGCUGAGAGCCGCUCUUCGCAGCAGAGGAGCCGCGUCCGAAUGUUCGGCCCCGAGUUGCUGUGCCGCUCGGUUCGCGAGCAGCGCUGGGACCGGGCGCGCGUCGUCUGCCGGCAGCCCUACAACUCGUCCCUGGCGUAUGGCCUCGCGUUCAUCCGCUUCAACUCGGUCCCUGAGGAUUCCUCCACAGACGACGCUCCGCAAGCCAAGCAGCAGGAGCAGCGACUGGGCGGGUUCCGUCUUCGUGACGACGUCCCGAGCAGCAGCAGCGGCGGCGGCUGCCUCGCCCCGGGUGGACUCUUCUCUUCCCGCCAGCGUCACCCCCUCCUGCUCACCCCCCCCACAGGCGGCCGCAGGGCGAGUGGGGCGGAGGUGGAGGAGGGGGAGGAGGAGGGGGACAAGGUGGACAAGGUGGACAAGGUGGAGGAGGAGAGGGCCUCCUGA